AUGAAAGAGUUACUUUCAUCUCACCAGCCACGUGAUGAAAGAGUUACUUUGAGUCUGGAAAUAACACAAUCUCUCCCGCUUUCCAUCACACCGCCCCAUUCCCCCGUUUUCCAUCACCCCGCCCCAUUCUCCCGCUUUCCAUCACCCCGCCCUAUUCUCCUGCUUUCCAUCACCCGGCCCCAUUCUCCCGCUUUCCAUCACCCCAUCCCAUUCUCCCGCUUUCCAUCACCCCGCCCCAUUCUCUCGCUUUCCAUCACCCCGCCCCAUUCUCUCGCUUUCCAUCACUCUGCCCCAUUCUACCUCUUUCCAUCACCUUGCCCCAUUCUCCCUCUUUCCAUCACCCCGCCUCAUUCUCCCUCUUUCCAUCACCCCGCCCCAUUCUCCCUCUUUCCAUCACCCCGCCCCAUUCUCCCGCUUUCCAUCACCCCGCCCCAUUCUCCCGCUUUCCAUCACCCCGCCCCAUUCUCCCACUUUCCAUCACCCCGCCCCAUUCUCCCGCUGUCCAUCACCCCGCCCCGUUCUCCCGGUUUCCAUCACCCCGCCCCAUUCUCCCGCAUUCCAUCACCCCGCCCCAUUCUCCCUCUUUCCAUCACCCGGCCCCAUUCUCCCGCUUUCUAUCACCCCGCCCCAUUUUCCCGCUUUCCAUCACCCCUUUCCAUUCUCCCGCUUUCCAUCACCCCGCCCCAUUCUCCCGCUUUCCAUCAUCCCGCCCCAUUCUCCCUCUUUCCAUCACCCCGCCCCAUUCUCCCGCCUUCCAUCACCCCGCCCCAUUCUUCCGCUUCCCAUAACCCCUUUCCAUUCUCCCGCUUUCCAUCACCCGGCCCCAUUCUCCCGCUUUCCAUCACCCCAUCCCAUUCUCCCGCUUUCCAUCACCCCGCCCCAUUCUCUCUCUUUCCAUCACCCCGCCCCAUUCUCUCGCUUUCCAUCACUCUGCCCCAUUCUACCUCUUUCCAUCACCUUGCCCCAUUCUCCCUCUUUCCAUCACCCCGCCUCAUUCUCCCUCUUUCCAUCACCCCGCCCCAUUCUCCCUCUUUCCAUCACCCCGCCCCAUUCUCCCGCUUUCCAUCACCCCGCCCCAUUCUCCCACUUUCCAUCACCCCGCCCCAUUCUCCCGCUUUCCAUCACCCCGCCCCAUUCUCCCGCUUUCCAUCACCCCGCCCCAUUCUCCCGGUUUCCAUCACCCCGGCCCAUUCUCCCGCAUUCCAUCACCCCGCCCCAUUCUCCCUCUUUCCAUCACCCCGCCCCAUUCUCCCGCUUUCUAUCACCCCGCCCCAUUUUCCCGCUUUCCAUCACCCCUUUCCAUUCUCCUGCUUUCCAUCACCCCGCCCCAUUCUCCCGCUUUCCAUCAUCCCGCCCCAUUCUCCCUCUUUCCAUCACCCCGCCCCAUUCUCCCGCUUUCCAUCACCCCGCCCCAUUCUCCCGCUUUCCAUCACCCUGCCCCAUUCUCCCGCUUUCCAUCACCCCGCCCCAUGUUCCCGUUUUCCAUCACCCCGCCCCAUUCUCCUGCUUUCCAUCACCCCGCCUUAUUCUCCGGCUUUCCACCACCCCGCCCCAUUCUCCCGCUUUCCAUCACCCCGCCCCAUUCUCCCGCUUUCCAUUACCCCACCCCAUCCUCCCACCUUCUAUCACCCCGCCCCAUUUUCCCUCCUUCCAUCACCCCGCCCCAUUUUCCCGCUUUCCAUCACCCCUUUCCAUUCUCCCGCUUUCCAUCACCCCGCCCCAUUCUCCCGCUUUCCAUCAUCCCGCCCCAUUCUCCCUCUUUCCAUCACCCCGCCCCAUUCUCCCGCUUUCCAUCACCCCGCCCCAUUCUCCCGCUUUCCAUCACCCUGCCCCAUUCUCCCGCUUUCCAUCACCCCGCCCCAUGUUCCCGUUUUCCAUCACCCCGCCCCAUUCUCCUGCUUUCCAUCACCCCGCCCCGUUCUCCGGCUUUCCACCACCCCGCCUUAUUCUCCCGCUUUCCAUCACCCCGCCCCAUUCUCCCGCUUUCCAUUACCCCACCCCAUCCUCCCACCUUCUAUCACCCCGCCCCAUUUUCCCUCCUUCCAUCACCCCUCCCCAUUCUCCCGCUUUCCAUCACCCCGCCCCAUUCUCCCGCUUUCCAUCACCCCGCCCCAUUCUCUCGCUUUCCAUCACCCUGCCCCAUUCUCCCGCUUUCCAUCACCCCGCCCCAUGUUCCCGUUUUCCAUCACCCCGCCCCAUUCUCCUGCUUUCCAUCACCCCGCCCCAUUCUCCGGCUUUCCACCACCCCGUCCCAUUCUCCCGCUUUCCAUCACCCCGCCCCAUUCUCCCGCUUUCCAUCACCCCACCCCAUCCUCCCACCUUCUAUCACCCCGCCCCAUUUUCCCUCCUUCCAUCACCCCGCCCCAUUCUCCCGCUUUCCAUCACCCCGCCCCAUUCUCCCGCUUUCCAUCACCCCGCCCCAUUCCCCUGCUUCCCAUCACCCCGCCCCAUUCUCCCGCUUUCCAUCACCCCGCCCCGUUCUCCCGCUUUCCAUCACCCCGCCCAAUUCUCCCGCUUUUCAUCACCCCGCCCCAUUCUCCCGCUUUCCAUCACCCCGCCCCAUUCUCCCUCUUUCCAUCACUCCGCCCCAUUCUCCCUCCUUCCAUCAUCCCGCCCCAUUCUCCGCUUCCCAUAACCCCAGCCCCAUCUCCCGCUUUCCAUCACCCCGCCACAUUCUCCCACUUUCCAUCACCCCGCCCCAUUCUCCCUCCUUCCAUCACCCCGCCCCAUUCUCCCGCUUUCUAUCACCCCGCCCCAUUCUCCCUCCUUCCAUCACCCCGCCCCAUUCUCCCGCUUUCCAUCACCCCGCCCCCUUCUUCCUCCUUCCAUCACCCCGCCCCAUUCUCCCUCCUUCCUUCACCCCACCCCAUCCUCCCACCUUCUAUCACCCCGCCCCAUUUUCCCUCCUUCCAUCACCCCGCCCCAUUCUCCCGCUUUCCAUCACCCCGCCCCAUUCUCCCGCUUUCCAACACCCCUCCCCAUUCUCCCUCCUUCCAUCACCCCGCCCCAUUCUCCGCUUCCCAUAACCCCAGCCCCAUCUCCCGCUUUCCAUCACCCCGCCACAUUCUCCCACUUUCCAUCACCCCGCCCCAUUCUCCCUCCUUCCAUCACCCCGCCCCAUUCUCCCGCUUUCUAUCACCCCGCCCCAUUCUCCCUCCUUCCAUCACCCCGCCCCAUUCUCCCGCUUUCCAUCACCCCGCCCCCUUCUUCCUCCUUCCAUCACCCCGCCCCAUUCUCCCUCCUUCCUUCACCCCACCCCAUCCUCCCACCUUCUAUCACCCCGCCCCAUUUUCCCUCCUUCCAUCACCCCGCCCCAUUCUCCUGCUUUUCAUCACCCCGCCCCAUUCUCCCGCUUUCCAACACCCCUCCCCAUUCUCCCUCUUUCCAUCACCCCGCCCCCUUCUCCCGCUUUCCACCACCCCGCCACAUUCUCCCUCUUCCCAUCACCCCACCCCAUUCUCCCGCUUUCCAUCACCCCGCCCCAUUCUCCUGCUUUUCAUCACCCUGCCGCAUUCUCCCACCUUCCAUCAUCCUGCCCCAUUCUCCCGCUUUCCAUCACCCCGCCCCAUUCUCCAAUUUUCCAUCACCCCGCCCCAUUCUCCCGCUUUCCAUCACCCCGCCCCAUUCUCCCGCUUUCCAUCACCCCGCCCCAUUCUCCCGCCUUCCAUCACCCCGCCACAUUCUCCCGCUUUCCAUCACCCUUGUUCUUGCGAUUUUGCACACGCUAGGCCCUUGUUCUUGCAAUUUUGCACGCGCUAG